CAGCAUUUUUGAUCAUGCAGGGCACCAUGGCGACUUGCAGCAGCUCCCUCACGUGCCUCAAGCCCAGUGCCAGCCACAUUCCCUUGCAAUCCGAAAACAGACGGUACCGAUGCCUCCUUUCUGAACCUGUCUUGUCUAUAAAGCGAACCUAUCGCCACCAAGCCCGCUGCAGCGCUCGUUUGACUUCCGGGCUCCAAAAGUGCGUUGGUCUGCAGAGGAGUUCCAGCCUCCUUGCCGGAGUACACAGAUGUAGUAUCAAAAGCAUACCUCCAGCUCAACCCUUGGCAGAUUGCCCGAGGCAGCAAGCUAGUGAGAGUAGGUUAGCGGAGCGGUUUGCAUGCAGAGUUUCGGAGGAGGGCAAGGAAACUGAAAAGCAAGCGGACGAAGGGCCCCCCUAUGGGGUUCUGUCAAUGCUGGCGCUCUGGUUCUUUUGGGCGGGGCUCGCAUACUACGCCUUUGCGAUCGCACCCAAUCAGACACCGACCCGCGACGAGUACUUCCUCGGCAAGUUGACGCUGCUCAUCCAGGACGACUACCCCAUCAACCAGGUCCUGCUGAGCGAGUUCAACAUCAUGGGUAUCUGGCCCUUCAUCUAUACCGCUCUGCUCAUCCCCUCGGGGCGGAGUAAAAACCUGCGCCCUCCGGUAUGGCCAUUUGCUUCUCUUUCGAUGGGCAUCGGCAUCGGGGGGCUCCUCCCGUACUUUGCCCUCUGGCAACAGCCCACGCCGCCCCCACCCUCACAGGAAGAGCGACAAAAGCUGCCGCUGAAAGUGUUGGAGUCGAAGAUCUUUGCCGGGGCCCUUUUAGCCGGGGCUCUGGGGCUCAUCGGUACGGCGGUGGCGUCCGGUCCCGACUCAUGGGUCGGCUUCUCUCAGUACUUCAACGAGAGCAAGCUUAUCCACGUGAUGACGCUCGACUUCUUCUGCCUGCAACUUUUCUGCCCCUUCUGGUUGUACAACGAUAUGGAGUUCCGAAAAUGGUCUGGGCGCAACAUGUGGAUCGUCCCGCUGUCUCUCCUACCAGUCUUGGGGCCCGCCUUGUAUCUGCUCAUACGGCCCCCGCUACCAGAACCCACAUCCAACGGUCCAAAGGUUGCCGAAGCUCCGAAACCCAUUGGUUAGGAGGCACGGACAAUACGAAUUGUGAGUCACAGAAAAUAAUCGUAUUCAGUUGUCGUAUUCAGUGUACGAUUUGGAUCAUGAGCAGACACAAACGACCUUGGUUCUCAAAAAGCAGCCGUUGGCUAUAGUGAUUAGGAAGCAAUUGGUGACGUGUAGUCGUGCACGUGGUCCAGUGUUCGUGCAUUAUCUGUACAUGCAUAUCUGGUGGUGCACGCUGAUUGAAGGCAGCC